AUGGAGUCCAAGCCCUUCAACGACAGGCUCUGGAUCAGACUCCUCGUCCUUCUCGCCUAUAAGACUGCAACUCAGAAGCACGCCAACCGGCUGACGUUCACCAGCCAGCCAGGCCGCGUCAUCUUCAUCUCACCAAAAUGCUGCGUCAAGUCCACGCCGUUCACCAGGCUCGCAGAGGCCAGCGCCAUGCUGUUUGUCGCCCAGCACUCAUCUGUGCCCGUGCCCAAGGUCUAUUCGGCAUUCGAGCGUGACGGCCGGGUGUACAUCGUCAUGGAGAGGAUCGACGGAGAGACAAUCGCGCAGGGUUGGAGCCACCGAACGGACGAGUCCAAAGCCGCGAUACUCGAGCAGCUCCGGACCAUCGUCAAAGAUCUUCGGGGCAUCAAACCGCCGCCCGGCGUCGGCGUUGCAAGUGUAGACGGAGGGCCCAUUUUUGAUCACCGUCUGCCGUGCAAGUCGCUGUGGGGCCCAUUUCCGUCCAUCCAGGACUUUCAUCAGGAACUGAGGGGUGGAAUCGCCGCAGAGGAUAUUCAGGACGACGCAUCUUCGCCGGGGGUCAAGCAUAUGGCUUCGUUCCACGAGCAGGCUUGUCAAGCCCCGGUCUUCACACAUGGUGAUCUGAGCAGCUUGAACAUCAUGGUCAAGGACGACAAGGUCGUCGGAAUCGUCGACUGGGAGACGGCAGGCUGGUACCCGCCGUACUGGGAGUACACGUCCGCGAAGCACCCCAACCCGCAGAACAGCUGGUGGCAGGACGAGGUGGACAGGUUCAUCACGCCCGAGCCGGAGGCCUUGGAGGCGGAGGCCAUCAGGCGGAGGUUCUUUGGCGACUUCUGA